GUGGCUUUUAAAAAUGCGUCACGGCCCGGUGCGGCCCGGCCCGGGCCUGGCCUGGCCUGGCCCGCCUCGGCCGGGGUCACCCUCCUCGCUGCCCUGCCCCAGCUCCCUGGGAGCAAAACCAAGUCGGAGGGGGGCGGCUUGCCUUCUGCUCGGCUGAGCAGCGCUCGCACAGGCGAUUUUAUGCUGAAAAGAUCAAGAGGCGACAACCAAGAUCAGACCAGGAACAAGUACAAAAACGCAGUUUUGCAUAAAAGUCCGUGAUAACUGUGACCGAGGAACAGUUGCAUCACUUGGCUUCUGAUAGUCUUUUGCAAUAAAACAGCUUUAUAGCGUGUGCGAUCUUCCAUUAAAUCCACACGAAUCAAGAGUGCUGAAAGAGCGCAAUAGACGGAACCUGUGCAGCAGUGUUCUUCGAGAAAGGCAGAGGACAGUUUGAACAAUGGCAAGCCAGGCGUUUUCCCCAGAGGCUGCUUUCCCUCAUGGGAGGCGGAGGGAGAAAUGGGACCCCAGGCUUCUUUCAAGGGCAAGGACUUAAUGGCGAAAAAAAGAGAAUGUCUCCAGGCCUACAGCUGGUGGAGGACGCCGCAGAAGAAACGGAAGAAAAAGAACAAAAUAAAACCAGGAAGAAUAGAGUUUGUCCCUAGUAGUAGUUCAGCCAGACCGGAUUAUUCGAUAUUUGUUGGGGAGCUUACUCCAGAAGUGGAUGAUUUCCAGCUUUAUGACUAUUUCCUAAAGAGGUACCCCUCAUGUAUUGACUGCAAAAUAGCAACAGACCUUCUGGGAUAUUCCAGAGGGUAUGCCUUUGUCAGAUUUGGUGAGCAAGGUGAUCAGAUGAGGGCACUGCAAGACUGCCAGAAUGCACCAGGUCUGGGGGGAAAACGAAUCCGGCUGAGCAUAGGAAUUUCUAAAAGACUGAAAGCAGAAUUCCAGCGGUACCAGUCCUACAACUAUAAUGAUUAUUACCAAGAUUAUCAGAACUACUACUCGCAGUGGGGUUAUGAUCCUUAUGCUGACUACAACUACAGCUCGUAUACUCCCUAUGAUAACAUGCAAGCUGUUGGAGACUGCUCUUUAGGAGAUGCUGUUAUGGCUCCAGCUGUUUUUGAGGAAACUUCAGCUAUGACUGAAAUCAGUGAUGACCUUAUAACUGAAGAUCCACAGCUUUACUUGGAUGUUGAUGAAAUGAACAGGCAAUUUAUGGAGACAAGUGAAGAACUCUAUGAUUCCCUCAUGAAUUGUCACUGGCAACCUCUGGAUACGGUCACUUCUGACAUCCCCCCUGCUAUUUAAGUGUCUUAUAUAGCAUGACCGUUAUGACCAAGGUGCUAAAAUUACAUUUCUUCUACAUUACUCUAGAUCAUAAGUUUUAAAGCACAAUGAUAGGUUGGGUUUUUUUGCUAUGCUUUUGACAGUUUCUGUAAUCUUUUUUUUUGUUCAUCACUCAGAGCAUCUUGAAAUCAUGUAAAUAUUCUAGAAAUGUAAAGAGUUCAAUGGGGUCUAAAGAUAGACUUGCCUGUGUAAAUAAAAUUUUGUUUCUGCAAACCUGCCAGCAAGGGAUUUACUUAUGUGAAACACUUUCUCUUCUGGCUUGUGGAAUUUAGCUGGAGACAGUAGGGGUAUUUCACCUGUCUUUGGUAUGGGCAUCAGGACACUGGCAAAAAACCCUAGCUCUUGUGUAUUCUCAAGUUACCGUGGCAGUCUUUCGCAAGCUCUAAUGUGCUUGCUUAGGUUAUGUGUGUAUUUGGGAGACGCUCCUGGGGCUUUCUGUGGGAAUACUUGGCCCACUCUUUCACCGGCAGUCUACUGGUGCUAACUGUACUACUGUUGAUCUGCUAGGUCAGUUAGAAUUGCUUUAUCUUACACUAUUUUAAACAUACAGAAGGGCAGACUUCUGGCUGCCAUAGCUGCAAACAUUCCGAAGACUAAGGAUGAUCCCUACUGACAGUUUUAUUCUGCCCUUCUUACCAAUAGCCUUCUCAACACUUGACAGCAAAGAAACUGGUGUAACAUAAUACAUGUUCUUAAACCUAAAAAUCCUUGGAGAAAACUUUCUGGUUUAAAGGAGGAAAAAUAACUUGCUGUGAAUAAAAACAACCCCAAACUAUCCUAGUAACAGCCAUUCAACUAAGUUGCACCCUAUUCUAAACAUUUCUAAUCUGUUCAGUUGUCAUCCUCAGGUGUUCUAUAGUGACAAGGUUACAAAAUUUUAGUAGGAUGACAGGGUUUGUUUGUUUUUUUUAGUAUUCAGGUCAAAGGAGAUGAGGGGAGAUGGCAGCAAGGAAGGUUCUGCUUUAGGCUAGUAAAUUCUGAGUGGCUUCCUCUAAACUGUCCUCAUCUGGAAGGGUAUAAACUGUUUUCAAGUUGUAGGGGCUACUUAGGCCCAUGUGCAUGCAAAAAUACUUACUACCAAAUGUACAAGGUGGACUGGAAACAGAAGAAUGCUUUUCCAAGAAAGAAGGUAGCAGAAAUUAUCAUAGCUAAUAGCUGUGGAAGCUACUAAAGCUAGCAGAGACACUUUGGUACUGCCAUGUGUGUUGUGGGGGCAACCUAAACCAUAAUUGCUAUGAUGGCAGAUAGGAAUAAAGUGCUCUUGCUUUCGUAUGACUUAAAUACGUUAAAGUGGUGGUCAUAAUCUAUAUGCUAUUCUUAAGUCUAAAAUGAAUACUGUAUUGCAGAGUGAUGACUCUGCUGGCAGGUCAUUUCUAACUGCUGACCAGAAUCGCACGCUCUUUCUCUUCACCGUUUAAUAUCAGCUAGUAGUAUUUUCAGAGUCCCACCCAUGAAAAACAAAUGCUCUAAAACAGGGAAAAGCUUUUGGAGUACUAUAGCAAGUUGAUUCUUCCUGGAUUUUAUGCAGAUGUACAUGUAGGAAGAGACAGCAAAAAAAAAAAAAUCCCAUUUAGGCAGGGGAGUAGCAUCACAGUUCUAAGCAGCUGUUCCCCUGCUUUGGGGAAAGCUAGUUGCAAGGUGGUUGGGAACUUGGAUUUCUUGGGUGAGUGUUUCCCUUGUGUGAACUAGUGAGUCUUUAGAGCAUGAGGGUAGGGACAUGAUUAAUGAGGGUGUGAUGGAAAAUGAAAGCGGAGGAUCUGGGAGGGAAGGGGGGUGUUUGUGUUUCAGGGGACUGCAGUAGGGAGGAAACUCAGGGUAGUGAAUGCAGACCCCUUGAAUUUGGAUGGCCCAUGUAGCUAUGUGAUUUCACUUAGUUUGGCACUGUAUCAGCACAGCACAUAAACCUCACUUGAAAAAAGUCCCAGUCUGUAGCCACCUCGUUCAUGUAGAUUUUACCUGUUGAUAGGUCUCUACACUGCAUUAGCCACUGUUUUCAGCCAUGCAUGCACCUUCUGUUCUGGUCUGUAAAGUACCCAGAUAGUGAAAAUAGUGGUUAUGUAAUGCAGUGAAGGAAGUUGUUUGGGCCAGUAGUUCUCCAGACCUGAGAAAUGUUGGGGGUGUAUUUUCUUCCAGUCGACAUAGAAGAGAAAUGAGGUGAGGAAGAGAGUCUGUUGGUUUGCAGCCCAAGUGAUACCGUUCUAAAAUAGCUUUCUGACCUCUUCUUCUGUCUCCUGAGCCUUACUAGCCUAUUCCGCUUUCCAGUUAGGAGUACAUACAUGGGAUCAAGAUGGUGUGCACAGUGCACGUUCUUUACUGUAAAGGCUACUGAAUGCAAAAUUUCUUCCUGGAUUGGUGUGUUACCUGUGAACCUCUAAUACAGGAAAAAAUGAGUGCAUCAGAACUGUCAGAAUGCAUUGCUGAGACUUCUUACUGAGUAAAUUUACACCUGUUCCAAAACUGCGUUAACUAUGUUAUGCAGAGACCUGAACUCAUCAUACAGGUGCUUGCCAUCAGAUCUACAAAGAUGUGAUUGCAGUGGGAGCAUUUAAAAAAAGUCUUCGAAGCAUCUUUCUCAACACCAUGCUAUUUCACUUUUUCCAGUUGUGUUUUGUGUUUUACCCAACUGAAAUGUGGUUGGGUUUGUUUUUUUGUUUUUUAAACUUGAUGAAGGGUUUUUUUUCUGAGAAUAUCUAGUAUUGGUUUUAUGAACUCUUUAUUGCACCUGGCUGCAAUAGAUUGUGCCUUUACUCAAAACUGCUAUUUUCUUCAGGAAGAGUAGUGUUUUUGUUUUCUACAGAAAGGAUGGUUUGAGGGGCUACUAAUCCUGCAGUCAGUGAACAGGGAGAAAGAAACAGGCCAAAAAGGGUAAAAGAGUACUUAAAAGGGUACAAAAAAGUUAAAUGGUACUUAAGCCAUGAAUGUUUCUUUUUGCAGGGGUGCUCUUGGACCAACAGCUUCUUUCUAGCGCUACCUCAAAGUAACUUGCAGAUAUAACUCACAGGGAAGAUUGAUCAAAUGGUGAUGAUCCCUAUCAUUCUGCUGGAUAUAUAUAUAUUUGCCUUUGGUUUUGUCUCAUUUUUAAUAACAUUUAUUUAACUUCAGUGACUCAUGUCAAUAGACGUUGUUUGACUACAUCAACAAGUAUUUCUGAGUCAUGAGUGUCAUUAAAGGCAUGUCACCAUAUGGAAAUUGUUCUAAAUAAGUAAAAUGGAAGUAAAAUAAGUAAAUAAAGCAGCACUUGAAUUUACAGAGCAAA